AACCGUCCAAUCAGGCAUGCAGCUGGAGCGGAGUGGACGGCUUCCGGGUUUGGCGGGGCCUUUGUCUCUCGCUGUAGCGGGAGUUCCAGGUUUGGUCCUCACUUCUCUGUGUCCUCUGCUCCCAGGGGCCCAGCCUCUGUGGCCCUGUGACCUGCAGAUAUUGGGAGAUCCACAGCUAAGACGCCAGGACCCCCUAGAAGCCUAGAAAUGGAUGACCUGAGGUAUGGAAUGUGCCCUCUCAAGGGAGCAAGUGGAUGCCCUGGGGCUGAGAGGAGUCUUCUGGUGCAGUCUUAUUUUGAAAAGGGGCCAUUGACGUUUAGGGAUGUGGCCAUAGAAUUCUCUCUGGAGGAGUGGCAAUGCCUGGACACUGCUCAGCAGGGUUUGUAUAGGAAAGUGAUGUUAGAGAACUACAGAAACCUGGUCUUCUUGGGUAUUGCUGUCACUAAGCCAGACCUGAUCACCUGUCUGGAGCAAGGGAAAGAGCCCUGGAAUAUGAAGAGACAUGAGAUGGUAGCCAAACCCCCAGUUAUACGUUCUCAUUUUCCCCAAGACCUUUGGCCAGAGCAGGAUAUUAAAGAUUCUUUUCAAGAAGCAAUUCUGAAAAAAUAUGGAAAAUAUGGACAUGACAAUUUACAGUUACAAAAAGGCUGUAAAAGUGUGGAUGAGUGUAAGGUGCACAAAGAACAUGAUAACAAAUUAAACCAGUGUUUGAUAACUACCCAGAGCAACAUACUUCAAUGUGAUCCAUCUGCAAAAGUCUUUCAUACAUUUUCAAAUUCAAACAGACAUAAGAUAAGACAUACUGGAAAGAAACCUUUCAAAUGUAAAAAAUGUGAAAAAUCAUUUUGCAUGCUCUUACACCUAACUCAACAUAAAGGAUAUCAUAUUACAGAGAAUUCCUACCAAUGUAAAGAUUGUGGCAAAGCCUUCAACUGGUCCUCAACCCUUACUACACACAGGAGAAUUCAUACUGGAGAGAAACCCUACAAAUGUGAAGAAUGUGGGAAAGCAUUUAACCGGUCCUCACACCUUACUACACAUAAGAUAAUUCAUACUGGAGAGAAACCAUACAGAUGUGAAGAAUGUGGGAAAGCCUUUAACCGGUCUUCACACCUCACUACACACAAAAGAAUUCAUACUGGAGUGAAACCCUACAAAUGUACAGAAUGUGGCAAAGCUUUUAACCGGUCCUCACACCUUACUACACACAGGAUAAUUCAUACUGGAGAGAAACCCUACAAAUGUGAAGAAUGUGGCAAAGCCUUUAACCAAUCCUCAACCCUAACUACACAUAAGAUAACUCAUGCUGGAGAGAAACCCUACAAAUGUGAAGAAUGUGGCAAAGCUUUUUACCGAUUCUCAUACCUCACUAAACAUAAGAUAAGUCAUACUGGAGAGAAAUUCUACAAAUGUGAAGAAUGUGGCAAAGGCUUUAACUGGUCCUCAGCCCUCACUAAACAUAAGAGAAUUCAUACUGGAGAGAAACCCUACAGAUGUGAAGAAUGUGGCAAAGCCUUUAAUGAGUCCUCAAACCUUACUACACAUAAGAUGAUUCAUACUGGAGAGAAACCCUACAGAUGUGAGGAAUGUGGCAAAGCCUUUAACCGAUCCUCACAACUAACUGCACAUAAGGUGAUUCAUACUGGAGAGAAACCCUUCAAAUGUGAGGAAUGUGGCAAAGCUUUUAACCGAUCCUCAAACCUUACUAAACAUAAGAUAACUCAUACUGGAGAGAAAUCUUACAAAUGGGAAGAAUGUGGUAAAGACUUUAACCAGUCCCUAAGCCUAUUAAACAAAAUAACUCAUACUGGAGGGACACUCUGCAAAUGUGAAGAAUGUGGCAAAGCCUUUAACUAGUCCUCAACUCUUACUAAACAUAAAAAAAUUCAUACUGGAGAGAACACCUGUGACUGUGAAGAAUACGGCAAAGCCUUUAAUAAGUUCUCAAUUCCUAACAGACAUAAAAUAAUUCAUACUAGAGAGAAACUCUACAAACCAGAAAGAUGUGACAAAUUUGAUAAAGCUUUUAAAUGGUUGUCACACUUGAUUGUAGGUCAGAUAAUUUAUACUGGAGAAAACUUCUACAUGUGUGAACAAUGUGACAGAACUUUUAACUAAUGCUCACACCUUACUAGACAUAAGAUAAGACAUACUGGAAAAAAUCCUUUCAAAUGUAAAGAAUGUGGCAAAUCGUUUUGCAUGCUUUCACAACUAACUCAACAUGAGAUAAUUCAUACUGGAGAAAAACCCUACAAAUGUGAAGAAUGUGGAAAAGCUUUUAGCCAGUCCUCAACUCUUACUAGACAUAAGAUAAUUCAUACUGGAGAGAAACUCUACAAAUGUGAAGAAUGUGGCAAAGCUUUUAAAAAGUCCUCAAACCUUAGUAAUCAUAAGAUAAUUCAUACUGGAGAGAAACCCUACAAAUGUGAAGAAUGUGGAAAAGCUUUUAGCCAGUCCUCAACUCUUACUAGACAUAAGAUAAUUCAUACUGGAGAGAAACUCUACAAAUGUGAAGAAUGUGGCAAAGCUUUUAACCGGUCCUCAAACCUUACUAAACAUAAGAUAGUUCAUACUGGAGAGAAGCCUUACAAAUGUAAAGAAUGUGGCAAAGCUUUUAAACAGUCCUCAAACCUUACUAAUCACAAGAAAAUUCAUACUGGAGAGAAACCCUACAAAUGUGGAGAAUGUGGCAAAGCCUUUACCCUAUCUUCCCACCUUACUACACAUAAGAGAAUUCAUACUGGUGAGAAACCCUACAAAUGUGAAGAAUGUAGCAAAGCUUUUAGUGUCUUCUCAACCCUUACUAAACAUAAGAUAAUUCAUACUGAAGAGAAACCCUACAAAUGUGAAGAAUGUGGCAAAGCUUUUAACCGGUCCUCACACCUUACUAAUCAUAAGGUAAUUCAUACUGGAGAGAAACCCUACAAAUGUGAAGAAUGUGGUAAAGCCUUUACCAAGUCCUCAACUCUUACUUAUCAUAAGGUAAUUCAUACUGGAAAGAAACCCUACAAAUGUGAAGAAUGCGGUAAAGCCUUUAGUAUAUUCUCAAUCCUUACUAAACAUAAAGUAAUUCAUACUGAAGAGAAACCCUACAAAUGUGAAGAAUGUGGCAAAACUUUUAACUACUCCUCAAAUUUUACUAAUCAUAAAAAAAUUCAUACUGGAGUGAAACCCUAUAAAUGUGAAGAAUGUGGCAAAAGCUUUAUUCUGUCCUCUCAUCUUACUACACAUAAGAUAAUUCAUACUGGAGAGAAACCCUACAAAUGUAAAGAAUGUGGCAAAGCUUUUAACCAGUCCUCAACCCUUAUGAAACAUAAGAUAAUUCAUACCGGAGAGAAACCCUACAAAUGUGAAGAAUGUGGCAAAGCCUUUAACCAGUCCCCAAACCUUACUAAACAUAAGAGAAUUCAUACCAAAGAGAAACCCUACAAAUGUAAAUAAUGUGUCAAACCCUUUAGUUAUUUUCACCUUUUAUUAAAACACAAGAUAAUUCAUACUGGAGAGAAAUCCUACAAAUGUGAUAAAUGUGGCAAAGCCUUUAACCGGCUCUUAAUCCUUAUGAAACAAAAGAUAAUUCAUACUAGAGAGAAACCCUACAAAUGUAAAGAAUGUGGCAAAGCAUUUAACAGGUCCCCAAAUCUUACUAAACAUAAAAAAAACUUACACUGGAGAGAAACUACAAAGCUGGAAGACAUCACAGUAAUUUUGACAACACCUCAAACUUUUCUAAACAAAUCAUACUGGUGAGGAACUUUAAAAAUGUGAAAAGUGUGACAAAACCUUUAAAUGAUUGUCACACUUGAUUGUAGGUAAGAUAAUUCUUACUAGAAAAACUCUUACAAGUGUGAAGAAUGUGGCAACAUUUUUAAUGAAUACUCACACCUUAUUGCCAGGAAAGCAUUUAUACUUGAGAAAAAUUGUACCAAUAUAAAGACUGUGAAAAAGCCAUUAAUGUCUGCUCACAUCGUACUCAACAUCAGAGAGUACUUAAUAAAAGUAUUAUAAAUUUAAUUACUGUCAAAAAAUCUUUCAGAAAAUAUAAGCUUUUAAAGUAGAGUAUUUAUUCUGAAGACAAACAUUACAAAUAAAAGAGGGUUGUAGUACCUUUA